AUGGCUAAUGGAGACGUGCAACUGGUGACAACGGUCACAUCCGACAAAAAACGACCGCUCAUAGAAAAAUACGAUAUUCCCAUCGAAAAGUUAUCCUUUGAGUAUAUAACAGAGUCUCAUAAUACUAGAGAAAUCGAGAGAAUGGUCUUGAUUCUUCGCUCUGGAGAAGAAGGUUACUUCCCAGACCUCCUCAGACACGCAGAGGAUCGCCUCCGAAAAUUAAAACCAAUGAGUCAAGUCCUGCGAUGUCCCCAGCCAAUCCUCACUCCAACAAUGCUGAACAAAGAACAACAAGAUGAACUGAACAACGACAUGACGCAAUGGAUGCGGCAGAUGCAUCUCCGGAAUAAGGAUCUGGAGGAUGGCAAAGCCCUGCACAUGACUGAUAACAUUGACCAACCGGAAAUUCGCAAAAUCCCCGACAGGUCGAAAAUGCGCACAGGUGAAAAUCCCCAGAAUGAAAAAUCGAUGAGAAUAAAAUCCUGCGACUAUUCCUCUUGGGACAAAUACGACGCAGAUACAGAAGUCAACAGGAUCGAUCUCAAAUCCGAACAAGAACUGGUGAAGGCGAAGCAAUUACAGCAGAGAAUGAAAGAGAAGAAACUAGCGGAGAAAGAAGCGUUAAAUAAACUAACGUUAACGGGAACGGAGAUCACUGUGCUUGGGGAGAAAGAAAGGGAGAAGGGUAACGAGGCUUUCAGAACUGGGGAUUAUGAAGAGGCCCUUCAGCAGUACUCACUGAGCCUUGAGAUAGACUCAACGAUAAAUGGCUACAACAAUCGUGCCAUUACUUACAUAAAAUUGGAAAAAUUCGAGGAGGCGAUUCGGGAUUGCGACAGAGUCCUCAGUCUCGAUUACACCAAUGUUAAGGCGCUUCUGCGGAGAGCUUCUGCUUUGGAGAGUUUAGGGAGGCGGGAAGAGGCUCUUGGGGAUUAUUCAGCUGCGUUAAAGCUCGAGCCGAAUAAUAAAAGUGCAAUAAUUGGAGUUGGAAAACUAUCGAUUUAUAAUGAUUGUAAAAAAGUCAGAAUGACAAUUGAAGAGUUGGAUGAUAAUGAUCAAAUUAUUGUGCAUAAACCGUUUCCAAAAAGCACGAGACAAGAUUUUGUUGCUCCAGAAACUAAAAUUCAAGAAUCAAAAGCAUCACGAGAUGAAUUAAUAAAAAUAAAAAAUCAUUUAAAUCCAAUAAUAGAAGAAUUAAAAACACCUCCUAAAGACAAAGUACUUGAAGCAAAAUCUUGGAAGCACGAAAUGAAAGGUGUCAAAUUUUCUGAAACGUCUAAAACUGCAAGAAGAUUAAGCAACGAUAUAUGCUUCUGUGAUAGGGCACCAGGAUCGUCAACAUGUGUGAAACCAUUGCCCCAUAGACGAGCUGAAUAUUGUCUUGGAGUUGAGAGGUAUCAAGUCAAGAAAACUCAAUCCACUUUCACAUUCUCAAACUCUUGUUACAAUUAUUCCAAGUCUUCUGGAGUGGUUAUUAAAGAGAUCCCUAGUGAGCCAUGUAAUAAAAUUCCAAUGAAAGAAGAAAAUUGCAAGGAGAAAAUCAGCAAGAUUUCUGACUUUUUUUUCAAUAUGAAUGUUAAUUCUCCCUACGAAUUCAUUUGCACGUGGGAAUCUUUGAAAGGAGACUCUGACUUGAAACUUUACGCUAAAUUACUCAGAACUCUAGGUUCCGCCAAUUUAGAGUCGAUCGUUGGGUCUAAGCUUAAUGGAAACAUGUUGAGCACGAUUCUACAAUGUUUAAAGCGUCAUUUUUGUCGAGAUGAAGAUUCCGAGUUUGUUUACAAAUUCUUGAAUGCUUUAACGGAGUUGCAACGAUUUUCUAUUGUCAGCAUGUUCAUGGACUCACGUGAUAGAGAAGCUGUCAAAAAUAUAAUCGAUUUUUUGGAGCAACAAAAAGUAUUAUUCGACACUAAAAGUCUUGGUGAACAUUACAAUACAACUUGGUAA